AGAACUACAUUAUUUUUAACUCUAGGAUUGGAUCUUCGGGUUUCUUCCGACUUUAUUAACUGCUACUAAGGCAUCUAAUUCUUUUUCGGAAUAAUAUAUUCGAAAUACAAUAUAUACAUCAACCCCAUGAUCAUUGAUUAAGAAAUAGUAUUACAAUUAUUUAGUCCAAGAAUUAGUUUUAGUCAAUUUUGGGGAGCUUAAGUCUGGUCAAUUCAAAACAAAACCUAUAAUUCACCUCUGCCCAUUCCGUGGCUUAAAAAUUUCCGAAGUAAGCUCCUAGCAACUUCAGCAACACAUAUUAUAGAACAAAGCGUGCGGGAAAGUUGUCAUGAUCGUUUUCCAUAAAAUUAAUGGAUAAAUGAGAGAAUCUUAAAAUCACAUAAAAAAUACGUAAAAAUAGUGGGGAAGUUUGAACACAUCAAGUUAACUACAAUAAAAAUACUGACAAAUUUAAAAAGUAUGUUAGUAAGACAUGUAAAUAUCGGAAAUAACUAAGGUUAGAAAGAAUGCUUAUGGCUUUCUUGUAUAUUGCCAUUAGGAAUCAGGUUCAGUUUUGGCGGGCAUAAUGACAUUUGUAUUGUGAAUUUUGUUUUAAAAUGUAAUAGCGUAAAUUUAUUUUAUUAAAUUUUAAUUUGUAAGUUUUCUGGAAUAUAAAAUUAAUAAGUGAGGCAAACGAUUGAAUAUGAACCCAGCAGAAGUAGAGUUUUUAGCAGAAAACAAUAUGGUUAGUAUAGUUCCGAAUUUUAGUUUUGAUAGAAUAUUUUUAAUUUCUGGCGAAGUUGGACCUUUUAGAGCUGGGCUACCAGUAACUGUGCCAGUAUGGAUGGCUAUAAAUUUACGGCAGAGACAAAAAUGCAAAAUAAUUCCUCCGGAUUGGAUGAACAUCGAAAAGUUAGAAGAAGUCAAGGAGACUGAAUCUAGUUCUAGGUACUUCACGCGGAUGCCCAGCGACCACUACAUGGUGCAGGCCCACCUGCUGCUGCAGGCCGCGGCCGAGGACAUGCCCCGCGCCGACGACAUCCGCACCGCGCUCAAGGACAUCUGGGACAUGCGCAUGUCGAAGCUGCGCACCUCGGUGGAUGCCUUCGUGAAGGGCGGGGGCAGCCACGCCCGGCUCGACCACCUGACCGCCAUGGAGGUGUGCGGCGUGCGCCCCCUGCUGCCCCACGCUCUCGACCAGAUGUACCGCCUGCAGGAGGCUGGCCAACCACUCCAAGCUACAUCACAGGAAUACUCGCAGUGAAACUGUUUUCAAUGGGAUUAUUUUGUAUUUGUGAUAUUAUAACUGAAGAGCUCCUUGGAGCUUAUAAAGUUAUUGCUUACUUAAAA